UCCCCACGGACGGGGUGCUGCCGGUGUCCCCGAGGAAGGGGAGGUGUCCCCGAGGAAGGGGAGGUGUCCCCGCGGACGGGGCGGUGUCCCCGCGGCGAUGGCGGCCCUCCGGAUCCAGAGCGACUGGAGCCGCGCGCUCAGCAGGGACGAGGGCGAGGCCUGGCUGAGCUGCCGCUGCCCCGGGAAGCCCACCCUGUACGGCAGCGUCACCCGCCGCGGGCUCAGCUCCGAGGGCAUCCCAGACAUCGCAGCCUCCGAGGGAUUUUUGGUUCAGGAAGUCACCAAGAAAAGCAUCCUCAUUUCUUGUCCUCACGAAAAUGUGUCCACAAAGUUCCUGGCCCCGUACACAACUUUUUCUAGGAUUCAUCAGAAAAGUAUCACCUGUCUUGACAUUUCCAGUGGUGGAGGACUUGGUGUAUCCACCAGCACAGAUGGGACCAUGAAAAUCUGGCAGGCUGCCAACGGAGAAAUAAGAAGACUAUUGGAAGGCCAUGUGUAUGAUGUGAAUUGUUGCAGGUUUUUCCCAUCUGGCCUCGUGGUGCUGAGUGGGGGAAUGGAUGCCCAGCUAAAGAUCUGGUCAGCAGAGGAUGCCAGCUGUGUAGUGACAUUUAAAGGUCACAAAGGAGGGAUUUUGGACACUGCCAUCGUGGAUCGAGGCAGGAAUGUCCUGUCCUGCUCCAGGGAUGGCACUGCCCGGCUCUGGGACUGCGGGAAAUCCGCCUGUCUGGGUGUCAUUGCCGACUGUGGCUCCCCCGUGAACGGCAUCGCCGUAGGCACUGCCGACGACUCCCUGAACCUGGGCGCGCCCGAAAAUCCUCCCAGUGAGCGUGAGAUCGGGACAGAAGGGAAAAUCCUGCUGCUGGCCCGGGAGGACAAGAAGCUUCAGGGAGUGGGACUGCAGAGCAGGCAGCCGGUGUUCCUCUUCGUGGGAUCUGACGCCUUCAACUGCUGCACGUUCCUCUCGAGCACCUAUAUCCUGGCAGGGACUCAGGAUGGGAACAUCUACCAGCUGGAUGUGAGGAACACAAACGCUCCAAUCCAGGUCAUCCACAGAUCGGGAGCGCCGGUGCUUUCUCUGCUCCCAUACCAAGAUGGAUUCAUUGCCAGCCAAGGGGAUGGCACCUGCUUCAUCCUCCAGCAAGACCUGGAUUAUGUCCUGGAUCUCACCGAGGCCGACUGCGACCCCGUGUACAAGGUGGCUUCUUGGGAGAAGGAGAUUUACACGUGCUGCAGAGACGGGAUAGUGAGGAGAUACCAACUUUCUGACCUUUAAGUGUUUGAAGGGACCAAAUAGUGAGGAAAUGUGUCAGGAUGGCUCUUCCAAGCUGAUUUUCCUGGGAUGUGUAUGCACAAUUUGAGGCUCUUGUGGUGACAGAGUGUUUUGGUGGCUGAUCAUAUUUCUGCCUUCAACACAACUGGGAUCAAAUUUUAAUGUAGAGAUGAUGUUGUGUUGCAA